CUUCACUUGAACAUUCGGUUCCAGUUCCACCCUCUCCCAUUUCCACUUCAUCUACAUCACCUGCCCUUUUCCGCGAGUGACUGUGUUCCAAGCUUUCUCAGCUACCUCUUUUUACUCAUGCAAAAGCACUAAAGUCGAGGAUUUCCGACACACCGCUUGUAGGUUUCUCCACCUCACUGUUUCUCACUCACUCUCGUCCUACCUUGUAUCCACUUCUUUGCCCAAUACAUAUCCAGCCUCAACAUAGCUGCGUUUCUGUUUUUUUCUUUUAAAGACCUGGCCGUUAUCUGAUUCCCAAGCACCAAACUCGCCCCGAAUCUGACUUUCAUUUCAGACCCAGAAAAUUUAUUGGUUUUUUGAGAUAUGUCACUUUGUACCAGUUACUGUGAUAUUAUUGAAAAAAUUGAGCCUGUUAGCUAGUCAACAAUGGUGAAGAGAAGGCAUCUAUAUCAAUCCAAAAAUGCAUUUGAUACUUAUCCUUUUGAAGCACUUUUCUUUGGCUCAUGGGAGGCAGUGGAGUUCAUCAGAAUCAUGAAUGGGACUAUGACCGUGCAUUUUGUGGAUAAUCAGUACAUAAUUCAGGAGAAAAGUCCCUUCUCAAACCUCCGCAUAAGGUCAAGGCAAGCUACUUUAUCUGACUGCACCUGUUUUUUGAGACCCGGCAUUGAUAUAUGUGUGCUUUCAGCAUCUCGACAGCCAAAGAAUUCAGAUGAAGAAAAACGGGGCCCCGUGUGGCUUGAUGCUAGAAUAAGUUCUGUUGAGAGGAAGCCUCAUGAAGAUCAAUGCUCAUGCCAGUUUUAUGUUAACUUCUAUGUUAACCAAGGCCCUCUAGGUUCAGAGAGAGGAACACUCAGUAAAGAGGUUAACAUUGUGGGAAUUGAUCGAAUUUCCAUCCUCCAAAGGCUUGAAGGAGUUCCUUGUGAAGAUCAGCACUAUCGGUGGGCUUCCUCUGAGGACUGCUCUUCUUUGCCCAAAACUAAAUUGUUUCUUGGGAAAUUCUUAUCUGAGCUUUCAUGGUUGCUUGUUGUAUCAGUUUUGAAGCAUAUAGCAUUUGACGUAAGAUCUGUGCAAAACAAGAUUGUCUAUAAAAUUUUGGGAGCUGAUGAUGAUAGCUGUACAUCUGACUCUGAUAAUUACUUAAAUGCUGUAAAUUUCAGAGUAAAAGAUGAUAUUUUGGUGCCCAACAUGGUACAAUUUGUUCCAGCAGAUGCCAUUGAGGCAGGCCCAGCUUGUGGAAUGCCUGAAGCUGGAUCGCCAUUUUAUGAUCUUAUGGAAUUGCGACGUUCCAAGCGUCGAAAUGUACAACCUGAGCGCUUUCUUGGCUGUGAUAGUGCUCCAGAGAUAGAUGUUGGCUUUGUCCGAACCAGGCCAUACAAGGUAGACCAGUGUAGAGAUGACGAGAUGUCAUUACCACUGUCUUCUCUGUUUCAUAUGCAUGCAAACCGUUCAAAAGAGCAUAAUGAGGGUAAACCAAAGAUCCAUGCUCAAAGAAUAAAACCCUUUGAGGAUCUCCUAGAGUACAAACAAACAAUCAAAUCAACGGAGGUAAAAUCAAGCAUGGCUAGUCAAACAGAGCAUCAAACUGAACUUGCUAUUAUUCCUCUGCCAGACGAAAGUGGCCCAAUAGCCUUUGAACACCAUCAUCAUCUUGCCAAAAGUAAUGGAAAUUAUGAAGAGAUCAAUGACCAUUCUGACCGGUAUCAUUACAUGAAUAGUACCCCUAAAUUACAGAGAAAGAAAAUUUCUGGCUUGGAGGAUAUGGAGUUUGAAGGUAGAUGGGAAGGAAAAGCUUCUAAUCGAGAAGUGCAAAGAAAAAGAUCUCAUUCUGUAUUUUCUAAAAGGGAUAGAUUUUGUGAAGAGAGGAAUUAUCAGAAGAGAUCCUUGAGUGCAGGUGCAUACAAGGAUCUGAUAGAUUCGUUCUUAAAGAACAUGGAUACCACCGUCAAGAAAGAAGAGCCACAGAUCAUUGACCAGUGGAAAAAAAGUAAGGACACAAACAGCUUGGACCAAGGGAGGGAGGUGGAACCACCCCCCGAUGAGAAUGAGGAAGAGGUCUCAGAAACUGAAAUGUUGUGGAAAGAAAUGGAACUAGCCAUGGCAUCAAGUUAUCUUUUUGAAGACAAUGAGGAUUCAAAUGCUGGAGUGUCAACUGAGACCAUGAACAAAUCAAAUGACUAUUGCCAGCAUGAAUACAAGUUGGAUGAAGAAAUUGGAAUUCUGUGUUGUAGAUGCGGCUUUGUGAGCUCAGAGAUAAGAGAUGUUUCAGCACCCUUUAUGCAAUACACAUGCUGGAAUACAGAUGAAAAGAAUUGUAAUGAAGAAGAUUCAGUGCAUAAGCUGGAUGAAGAUGAGGAUUUGCAUCUCCUUUGUCGUCAAGUUUCCUCAGAUGUGCAUUUAUCAGAAGAAAAUGAAAAUGUAUGGGCUUUAAUCCCUGAACUUGUAAAGAAAUUACACCUCCACCAAAAGAAGGGUUUCGAAUUUCUAUGGAAAAAUAUUGCUGGGUCUUUGGAACCAUCACUUAUGGAAAGGGCAUCCAAGAAAACUGGUGGUUGUGUUAUUUCUCAUUCUCCUGGAGCGGGGAAAACCUUUCUCAUUAUUUCAUUCCUUGUUAGCUAUUUGAAAUUGUUCCCUGGAAAACGACCCUUGGUUCUUGCUCCAAAGACUACACUAUAUACCUGGUACAAGGAAUGCAUCAAGUGGGAAAUUCCUGUUCCAGUUUAUCUAAUUCACGGUCGUAGAACCUACAGAGUCUUCAAGCAGCAUUCACAGAAAUCUGUGUCCUUUCCUGGAGUUCCAAAGCCGACUGAUGAUGUCAUGCAUGUUUUGGAUUGCCUAGAGAAAAUACAGAAGUGGCAUGCACACCCAAGUGUUCUCGUCAUGGGUUAUACAUCAUUUCUAACAUUAAUGCGAGAAGACUCCAAGUUCGCCCACAGAAAGUUUAUGGCUAAAGUGCUACGGGAAAGUCCAGGGAUAUUGGUACUAGAUGAAGGACACAACCCCAGAAGUACAAAAUCAAGGUUGAGAAAGGUUUUGAUGAAAGUUGAAACAGACCAUAGAAUAUUGCUUUCAGGUACCUUGUUUCAGAACAAUUUCUGUGAAUAUUUUAACACCCUGUGUUUGGCAAGGCCCAAGUUUGUAAAUGAAGUUUUGAAGGAAUUAGACCCAAAGUACAGGAGGAAAAAGAAAGGGAAGGAAAAAGCUCGCCAUUUGAGAGAAUCCAGAGCAAGAAAGUUCUUUUUAGAUCAGAUUGCAAAAAAAAUUGAUUCAAACAUAGGAGAAGAGAGGAUGCAGGGUUUAAACAUGUUGAGAAAUCUCACGAACGGAUUUAUAGAUGUGUAUGAAGGUGGAAGUUCUGACAGCCUCCCAGGUUUACAGAUUUACACGUUAUUAAUGAAUUCAACUGACAUACAGCAUGAGAUUUUGGUAAAACUGCACAAGAUAAUGGCAGGAUACCCUGGAUAUCCACUGGAAUUAGAACUUUUGAUAACCCUUGGCUCAAUACAUCCCUGGUUAAUUAAAAGCACAGGCUGUGCUAGCAAGUUUUUUAGUGCGAGGGAACUUAUGGAGCUUGAAAAAUACAAGUUUGAUUUGAAGAAAGGAUCAAAAGUAAGAUUUGUUUUGAACCUUGUGUAUCGUGUUGUCAAGAAGGAGAAGAUUCUGAUCUUUUGCCACAACAUUGCACCUGUUAAAUUGUUCCUGGAGUUAUUUGAGAAUAUCUUUGGGUGGCAGAGAGGUAGAGAGGUUUUGGUCCUUACAGGGGAUUUAGAGUUGUUUGAGCGAGGAAGAGUGAUGGAUAAAUUUGAGGAACCAGGUGGAGCCUCAAGGGUGCUGCUUGCUUCGAUUACAGCUUGUGCUGAGGGCAUUAGUUUGACAGCAGCUUCUCGGGUUAUAAUGUUGGACUCAGAAUGGAACCCUUCCAAGACAAAGCAGGCUAUUGCACGGGCUUUUCGGCCUGGUCAGCAAAAAGUGGUUUAUGUGUAUCAGCUAUUGGCAACAGGAACACUGGAAGAAGGCAAGUAUCGUAGGACAACAUGGAAGGAGUGGGUCUCAAGCAUGAUUUUUAGUGAGGCAUUUGUGGAGGACCCUUCUCGCUGGCAGGCUGAAAAGAUUGAAGAUGAUAUUUUACGGGAAAUGGUGGAGGAGGAUCGUAUGAAAUCAUUCCAUAUGAUCAUGAAGAAUGAAAAGGCUUCAACAAGUUGACAUGGGGUAAAACUAUCCUCUAUUAUGGUAAUGAAAGUGUAGUUACCCAUCUUUCCUUUGGAGGUUCUCUCUCUCUCUCUCUCUCUCUCUCUCUCUCUCUAUCUCUCUCUCUCAGAUGACUUGUGGCAUAAUUCACAUCCGAUCGAGUUGAUUUUCGUGCAUGUAGCUUUGAUUACAUUCAUCAAGAUGACUUAAGUCUCAUAAUUUUAUGCACCAUUCAUUUGUGCAAAGAAAAAUUCCAUUUGCAAGCCUCCUUUUUGAUAUACCAAACACUUCACUGAUGUAUAAGCUUGCAUGAAAAAAUGUGUUUUAAAUUUCUUAUGACUGGCUUGGUUCUACAGUAAGCAGUAUGUUCCAGAACACCAGGUUGAGCAAGAUGUGCUUUAAUGGUAGGGGAUGUUGCUGAUAAUUCUGUACACCUAUCCCGAAAUGCUCUCUGAGGAUUAUAUGGAACAUCAUUGUUUACAAUGUAGUUUUGUCGUUGAUAGUGUCAGUGCAAAGAAGCCAAUUUUCCGAAGGUAAUCAAUGUAUCAGCUGGUUCGCGCGAAUGGAGUACAGACUCGGUCUAUUGAUUACUUUUGCCACAGACUUGUUCAAAUAAAGAUAUUAUUUCCU